AUGGCCAAGGGCCUUCGAUGCACGACUCACCGCAUCUUCCUCGCCACCUUGAUCCUUUCGGCCAAGUACCUCAACGACAGCAGUCCCAAGAACAAGCACUGGGCCAACUACAGCGUCAUUUCCAACUCAAUCUACAACUUUGGCUUCUCGCGGACCGAAGUCAACCUGAUGGAGAAGCAGCUCCUGAACCUGCUGAACUGGGAGCUCAGGAUUACAGAGCAAGAUCUCUACCGGGAGCUCGAUGGAUUCCUUGCCCCUAUCCGCCUGGAUAUCGAGGACCGUCACAUCAGGAGACGGCGCCGCAAGGCCGAGGAGCGGGCACGGAAGAGGAGAGAGGCUGCCGAGGCGGAUGCUUGGGCUGCUAUCCAACAACAACAACAGCAACGCAGCUACCCUACUCCACCUUACAGCCGGGGCAACUCGCGGAGUCCGGUCCGGGAUCUGUCCCCUCCUGCACUUAGCUACAGCUCCGGGGCCCCUUCAUAUGCCGGUAGCAUCGCAUCAUCGAGGAUGCAAUCCCGAGCUACCACCCCGAUGUCUCCUCCCGAUGUCGAGGCUACCCAGCCAUACAUCAUUGAAGCCCAGGACGGCCUUUACGACUCGCCGGCCGAGAUCGUACCACCCGCUGUGCCUGCCAAGGACAUCUAUUCUCACCGCCAGGGGCUGACCAGUAAGGGUAGCAACAACCUCUUACCUUACGAGAUCAGUGCCGAUGACCUACAGGCAAUGCAGGACCACCAGACUAAGACGAAGAGGAUCAGGGGUGUCUUAGGACGGGUCUUUGGAGGCGUAGUCACGGUGCGAUAA